AUGUCCGCUGAAGCCGCCUUAUCAUACGCUUCAAUCAUUUUAGCUGAUCAAGAAGCAGAUAUCACCGCUGAUUCAUUAUUAGCCAUUACUAAAGCAGCAGGAACUACUGUUGAUCCAUAUUGGGCUGAAGUUUUUGCUAAAGCUUUAGAAGGUAAAAACUUAAAAGAAUUAUUAUUUUCAUUUGCUGCUAGUGCUCCAGCUUCAGGUGCUGGUGCUGCUGCUUCAUCUGGUGCCGCUGCUGGUGGUGCUACUGAAGAAGCUGCUGCUGAAGAAGUUGAAGAAGAAAAAGAAGAAUCUGAUGAUGAUAUGGGUUUCGGUUUAUUCGAUUAA